UGGGGCGAGCCGGCCAUCUUGAGCGGCACGACCUUGGACCUCAACAAACCCGGCGUGCUCCUAGGGAAAUCUCUGCUGUACUUCGUGUCUGAAUGUAAUUCCGCCAUCGAGUACGACUUGGUCAGGCACAGCCUGGAUUUGUUCGACUCGCCGUUGGACCUUGAGGUCGUGUUUGACCAUGACAGCCUUGACUAUGACAGACUUGUCUUUAUGCUGUCGGAGAAUGGUCGACUGGGAGCUGCCGUUGCCAGGGAUUCGCGUCUCAUCCUGUGGUCAAGGGAACCGGAAGACGGCGGUGAUGCGCGAUGGGUACAGAGCAGCGUCAUCGACCUGGCCAAAUUGCUUCCGAUUGGUGACCCGGUAACUGAGUCUUCAGAAACAUCACCAAAGGUGAUGGGCUUUGCCAAUGAAGCAAACACAGUUUUCGUGGGCACGGUUGCUGGCCUGUUCACAAUCGAGCUCCAGUCACAGGGGGUGAGGAAGGUGCACGAGGACCGUGAGUUCAGCUCAUUGAUUCCACUUGUUGGCUUCUAUUCUCCAUGUUGUACAAUCGGGACACCCGGAAGCAAGGACCAUGGCUUGCCGCUGUGGAACGCUAGUGAGGGAAUAGGGAAGGAGGAUAAAACCCUAUGGCAAGCGCGGGAGCUGGUCGACAAGGGGUCCAAGGCUAUCAAAGAGGUGAAAUUCGUCGAUGCCGUCGACUGCCUCAGUCAUGCCCUUAAGAUCAGGACUGCACAUUACGGACAACUUGCUCUUGAGUGUGCUAGCUCGUAUUACAAAUGUGGAUGGGCUUUGCUACACAAAGCAAGGCAACAGAGAGCUGAGGAUGCAUCCUUUCCAUUAUCUAAUGUUCCCGUAAGCACACGAAUUGAAGAAGCAAUGAAGAAUACAACCAGCAAAGACGAUACCGGAACUCAAAGACCUCUUGUAGGAACGAUGAAGAUAGCUCCAACUUCAGGGAAAGGGCUAAACUCAAAUGUCAAAGAUAAGAGUAUGAGAUUGGUGAUGGCAAGGAUGAUAACGAUGUGGGUGAUUCUGAUUUGGAUCUGGCCUGGAAACAGUUGAAUUUUGCAAGAGUAAUAGUUGAGAAGAGCCCAAAUGACAACGCUAUGGAGAAAUUUAAAAUUCUUUUUGCUCUGGCUGAGGUCUCCAUGGAAAGAGGUGACUUUGACAACUUGCUCGGUUACUACUUCAAAGCUCUAGCCAUCUUGGAGCAUGUGGUUGAGCCUGACCACCCUGGAAUUGCCAAACUGUAUCCUCAUGGUAAUGACUAUCAAUUGUCUGUCAUGCAGUAGUAUAAACAGUUAAAUAGUAUAGA